AUGUCGGAACUACUUCAGAACUGGCUGAACAAUGAGGUCGGCCUGUCAACAAACGUCUCCAACUUUGAGAAGGACUUCGCUUCCGGCUACCUCUUCGGUGAGAUCUUGCACAAGUUCUGGCAGGCCGAUGCGGAGCAGUUCCAGAACAAGAAUUCGCACCAAGCGAAGAUUGCCAACUUCAAGACACUGGAACCCAUCCUCAAGGCGUUGGGCAUCAAAUGCAAUGCCACGCUGAUCAAUGCGGUGAUGAAUGGCGAGCGCGGGGCAGCGUUGAGGCUCCUCUACCAGCUGAAAAUGGCAUCGGAGAGGAGUGAGCGCCCGAUCCUGGCGCUGCAAGCUUCGUCGUUGGAGACGCAGGCCAGCGCCGGCUGGCCCGGCGCCUCCACGAAGGUAAGACAAGCUCGUAUGGAGAAGCUGACCCGAAAGUUCGAGCUGGAGAAGCACAAGCAGGAGAUUGUAGCCUUUGAAAUGGACAACAUCGAGCAGGCCCACGUGGACGAGCAGCGACAGAUCCACCGAUUUAGCCUGCGCGAGCGGCUGCGGCAGAACCGGGCCGCCAAAGAUGAGUGGGAGGCUCGAGGGCACGAGCUCUGGCAAGAGAACAUGAAGGUACGAAUGGCCAGGGAGGGUGCAGAGGCCCGAUUUAAUGAGGUCGUCUUCAAGAAGCAGCAGGAGAAGGAUCGUCAGACGAGGGGCCUGGCCACCUCGGAGGUCCUCCAGGGCACGAAGGACUUCGAAACCGGCCUGAUUAGCUUGGGGCUCUCCCGCAAGUUGGAGGCGCGGCGGAUCAAGGACCUCGCGGAGGAUGAGAGCUCGGAGGACGACGAAGAGGAGAGCGGCGAGAGGCUGCUGUCACAGACCUCGAAGGUCGCCACGGCGAAGGAGCUGGUUGAAGCUCUUCAGUCGAAGUUGCCGACCAGCCAGGAGCUCGGCUACGAAGCCGGCCUCUUCAUGCGGAAGAUCAAGGCUUUGUGGCAGUCUAUCGAAGUCUAUUUCCAAUUUCAUCGGCACUCUACGCCCAGCUGUUGUCGUUUCCGUGAGUUUUUGUGGAUGAGCCAUCGGUUCAACUUCAUGCCCAGUUCCUUUGCUCAGUGCCCUCGCACACCCCCUUGCUGCCGUGCCAUGACACGGUUGGACCUGAACCUGACAAACGUGGAGAUCUGCCUCCUCAGCUGCCCGUCCCGGAAUUUGACCUUGUCCCAUCGCACUUGCAACGAAGGCUCCGAACAAGGCCUACGAACAUGUGCCGAGCCGCCCCUAAUUAGCGUGCUGUGCCUGAACGACAAGGACCCGCUGUUCCAGCAGGCUGCAGUGGAUGCCCGGGCACUGUUCCCCUCAAUUUCCAAAUACUCCGACAUCCACCAGGAGUUUGACGGCUCGUACGGAGCUGCCCUUGAAGGACGAACGGCUGCCAGCCCUCCAGUGCAGGAAGUUGCUCGACAGCUGCAGCGGCUGGAUGAUGCCAAUUGGAACUACUACCACUUCGUUGUGUCCUCGAUCGAGGGUAGCAGGGCCGUUGGGAUUGGCUCGAACGCUCGCAAGCGAGAGCGUGCGAUCUACACAGCGCUGGCCGUCACGAAGCUUCUGUCGGGAGGAAACGGGCCCGUGUCAUCCGAGAUGCAGCAGCUUGCGUCAAGCAUCCGCCGACAGAUGCCGCGGCCUGGAGAGAAGCCGGUGGCGCCACCACGUGCUGCCGAGGUACCUGCAAGGGGCACUGCUGGCGCUGCGACGGGGAACGUGGAACCGAUGGAGCCGACCCGCCAGCCUCAGGCUUCUGCUCUGGGCGAUGAUCUUCCGCCGUGGCUAGAAGUACGGGGGCCCGCGACAAACCCGUCUGCUACCGGCGGUUCAGCAGGUCCCUCCCAGGCUGCACCGGCGGAGGCGGCGGUGCCGAAGCCGAAGAAGGCAAGCAAGGCAAACAAGAUUGGAAGGAUUGUCGAGGAGGCCGUGGUGGAGGUGGACGUGAGGGGAGCUGUAGAAGAGGACGACGAUGGGGAGGAGGUAGUCUUCUCGCAGCCCUUGGUGACAGAGCCCCCACGGUCACGCGCAGCGGAGCCGGCAGGGCCAGAGCCGCAUGUGGCGGACGCCUUGCGCCAGGCCACGUGGCGGGCCGAGGAUGCUCAGACCAUCCGAACGACGGGAACGGAUGACAUUCCGCUGGGUACCGAUACGGACCCAAGUAACUACACGAAUCUCUGGCUGGCUGGGAGAAGCAACGACAGUUAUACGAAGCUGGCUUACACGCACGACCUGGAUAGCCGUGUUCUCGAUGCUGAAAACAUCGGGUUCACCUACGGUGGACGGGUGCUGGGAAGACAAGGCUUCUUCGCGCUCGAGGGUGUGGAGAAAGCGGUGGAAUACUUCCGACGCCAAGGCAUCAAGGUGCUCGUGAUUGGGCAGCGCGAGGCACUGCAGAAGCUGAGAGCUCCUGGCGCCGUUGAAGUCAUCGUGGCCGACAAGAUUGAUGAUGCCAUCGUGCUCAAGAAGGGCUUCGAGAAGAAAUGUCCCAUCGUCAGCAGAGACGAGUUCCGCAAGGAGCAGGAGGAGCGGCGCCUGGAUGCCGCAGUUCGAAACUGGGCUCCGGAUUUAAAGCGGGGCACCAUGCACUCGGCCUUUGAUCUUGUGCUUUUCUGGUUUAAGGGUGUCCACGUGGGACAUGAGGAACCAUGUGGAACUGUUUCUGUCAUUCAGGACUCUCUGUGUAUUCACGCAGGGACAUGCUAUGACAUGCUCUUGUUCGUGGCUUCGCUGGUGUCUCUGAGGGGGUCAGUUGGCGAUGACUACUGUCGCACAGUGCAGGUGAAGUAUACCUUCGACGAGAAGGGCGAUUUCCUUCCGAGCUAUGACCUGCCACUCGUCAAAACAUCGCAUUUGACUCGUUUGACCCCUGAAGUCUUCUUCCAUACCCAGCAGGCUUGCACGACCACACAGCGUUUCAUGUGCCUGCAUUAA